CUAAAACAUAUGGUCAGCAUCCAAUGUCGAAACCUUACAGAGCUAUUUAUUUUGGGGAUUUAUUUACCGCUACAAGCCAAUAAGAAAGAUGGUAUCACAAGACAAAUUUCAGCGAAAUUUCAAAUCUUGAUCAAAAUAAUUCAAGUUAAAGUGGACCAGGAUUGCUUUUCGAUGCAACAAGUGCACAAAAGCAGGGAUAAUCACAAAUACUAAGUCAUUGCCUCCUUCCUCUAAUUGUUUCACAUCAGUCUUGUUAAACAGUACCAAAUAACUAACUUAUUAAUAGCUGUCUUGAAAAAACCAUAGUUGAAGUUACACAAAAUGUUUUAGACGGAAGAUUUAGAUUUUAAAUGUUUUGUUUUAUUUGGUCUUUUGUUGGGGUCCUGGAUUGAGCGCUCCAGAUGCUUGAUCUUUUCCACUGUUUUUGAUUGAUUGACCAAAUGGCAGGAGUUUCGUGUGUGUUAUUGCUCAACUCAUCUGAAGGAAACAGUGAUCCACAGAUUCUUGAGAACCUUAUGAAGAAACUAGAACUUCUUGGUGCACAAAAGUGCGGUCGAAUACAUAUAGAGAGCGCAGUUUACUUUUCAAACUUUGCUAGAUGUAAGUAGUUUUCUGUUCUAACAACAAAAUUACGCAUAUAUCGCUAGCUCAGUGUAAAACGUUCCAAGUUCUCACAUCAACUGAAUAUCCAGCUUCAUGUUUUGUAUUCUCUGACAAUCAAACAGCUCUUGUUGCCGAUAUAUCUUUUCGUGAAUUCCCAGGGUGCUUAAAAGCUUUUUAUCAACGUAAAAAGAAAUUACAAGUUGAAGCUAAAGGAAUAAAGUAUCAGUUGGGUGAUUUUACAAUUAAUUUUAUUACAAUAUUCAUGGGACAGAGUGCUUCCGUUAAAGGAUAUUUAAUCGAGGGUGUCUACAGCGAUUAGUUCUUUAUGCUGGUUUCUUGGAUCCCAGGAUUUCCUAGCAUGCUGAAGUUAUUCGUGCUUUAAUGUUUUCCAGUUCUCCUUCCUGUUUUCCUCUUCUAAUGGAUCUUGUAAGGCUUGGAACUUGUUGUUGAGAUCUGUCUUGAACUCAUUGGGCGUGGUAGCAUCUGGAAGGUUUGUUUUCAUGCAUCAUGCAUGAUACAUUUGUGUCGUGAUGUAUUAAAAGCUUUUAUUACCCAAGUAUUACCGGAUAUUUGUCCACCAGCUAAUAGUUCAACAGAACAUAUAUUUAGCCCAUCUUUUUUACAAGCUGUUGAAACAGGCACAUUUGAUGCACCACGUUGGCCACCCAGUCAAUUAACUUUCCCAGUGGAAAAUAACUUCCUGCAAGAUGAUUCUCCAUUAUCUCAUGUUUGCGUUCGACUAACAAUGACACAAUAUGCAGAACAUAUCAACGUUGUUAGACGUUUAUCAAGGCAAUCUGUAAACACACCGAGUACGCUUUCUACAAAUGGUUCAUCCUCAUAUGCAACUCCUUCGAAUAUUCCGUCUAAUCAAGCUAACAAAAACAUUCCAUCUAACUAUUCAACAUAACAACUUCAGUGUUUAUUUGUUUUUAAUUAAUAAAAUAUUGGAACUUUUUGUACAAAUUUCUUUUCAUUCAUAUUUUUUCCAAUAUUCUUGAUUCUUCGUAGUUUAAUUUUCAUAUUGCAAUUUCAUACUAUUUAGUCAAAAAAUCAUCAUAAACAUUCGUCUCUCUGUAAGUUGUCAAACUUGCAUGGGUUUCGGUUUUUGGUGAGGUUUGUUUUUGUGGUUUUCCUUUUGUUCACAUCUCGUUGUUGUGUAAUUUCCACACUGCCACUUCGUCCUUGAUUUUAUAUGCAUGUGAUUGAGUAUAUUUUACUUGGUGAUAAUGAAUUUGUGUAUUUUACCAAAUUAUGUACAGGUUUGGUGAUGUGUUCGUAGAAAUAAUUGAAAGAUACGUAUCUUCUAAUUACCCUGUCUGGCUUUUUAAUGGUCAAAUCAUUUCUAAAUAACAAUUUUGGAUGUAUUAAAUUAAAAGAUAUUCACCAAGCUGAAUUACAUUUUUGUAGCAAACAGUAAUUUUAUGAGUAUUAUGUAUAUCUUUUACUGGUGUUAGCUGAUGUAUGAGCAAAUUGUAAGAAAACUAAAGAUGGCCAGACUAAAAUGUAGCAUCAAAUUAUGGGCUCAUUGACUUUUGGUAUAAAUCAUUUUAGUGGAUGCACACUGCCUAGUUGCGGCGUCCACACGAUGUCUGUAAUCAAUGGUUAGAGACAUGUUGUGUCAUGGGCCAGAUACAUUUACUCCUUACCUUACUCUAGACCUCAAACUUCAGUAUUCUUCCACAUAUAUCUUUUCAAUUUUUUUCUUUUCAAACAGUUUUCUCAGUGUUUAGUCUUAUUAUGAUUGUUGCUUGCAGACUUUUAUACGAACCCUGAAACUGAUUUGUACAUUUUGUAUUACUUUUCUCCACAAGAUUUUCAAAGUUAACUGUUGUUUGUAACAAAAUAUAUCAGUCAGUCAGUAACAACGUAGAACUUCGUACGUACGUACAUUAGUUCGAGUUGCCACACCACAUUAGCACAGAGAUGCAGUGGUCGAUUCAAAUCCCGUAGUGCUAGAUGUAGUAAAAUUAUAAGCUGUAAUCAGAAAAAUUAGGGUUUGAAGAUGUUAUUCAAAGAGUAUAAUCCAGUAAAAUAAAUUUGGAAAGAGAAAAAAGAAAGGGACAUGUAGAAUUCCGAGGAUUAGAAUUUGGGAGAACACAAAGAGUGGAUGCACCUGCGCCAUUGCAAACGAUUUUGAGCCAUGUCAUUCAGGGUCUCUAACUAUCGGUUGCUAUCAUCUCGCGGUCCCCAACCAGGUAGUCUACACCUACCAAUAUGACUCAGUCUACUUGUCAGUGACUUCAUGGACUUGUGCCAUGUUUUGAUCUGGCCGCCCCUUGGUUUCUUCCAACCUACUCCUAUACCACUGAACAUCGCACAUCGAGGCAGUCGGUGGUUGGGCAUACGUAACACAUGUUCCAGCCAUCUCAACUGAUAGAGUUUCACUACGUCAUCAAUUGAUUUGCCAUCCUUACCUAGUACUCGUUUCCUAACAACUCCAUUACUUACUCGAUGGUCCCAGGAUAUACGAGCAAUGUUUCGAAUACACCUAUAAUCAAAUACUAUUAACCUACGGAUGUCCUCUACUCUCACCGGCCAUGUUUCACUGCCAUAAAGUAGGACGGGACGAACUGCUGCGCAGUAAACCCGUCCUUUGGUUGAUAGACGGAUAUCUCGCCUACGCCAUAAAUGACGUAAGUUGGUAAAAGCUAGUCGAGCCUUCUGUAUCCGUGCUGAGAUUUCGUCACACACCAGACCACAAGGGCUGAUGAGACUUGCAAGAUAAGUGAAGCGGUCGACACACUCAACUACUUCACUCCCUAUCACUAGUUCGGGUGUCGAUGUAACCCAAUCCUGAAGCAACAUUUUGCAUUUCGAGGGGGGAAUCACAUCCCGAACAUGCUUGCAUUGUUGCUUAGAGUGGUCAGAAGACUCUGCAUUUUGUCAGCGUCCUCACCAAAUAAACAAAAUAUAUAAUGGUCUUUGGUUAUGUUUAUUCACGUCAUAUUAUUGAUUUUCUGAUAGAUGCAUUUGGUCGGUGUAAUUGGGUCAGAUUCGCUUUUUACUUUGAUGCUAAAUCACACUCAUGUUAGUGCGAUGCCUGAAUGGUUUGGUUAUUGGGUAAAUAAUUCGACCGACUACCUUCAAAUGUUUUACUGGAAUCGAAUUUCCUCAGUGGCACAGUUGUAGAUCUAUAGUGUGGCGACUGAACUAAAUAUUGGUUUCCUUUAGCAUCGUGGACAAAUUAUGAUUUAAAACUAUGACUUUGCAUGAAAGCUACUAUUAUUACAUAUGUUUUGUGACACUACAAGAUCUUCAGUCUAAAACAUGAGUUUUAUUAUGAACUUUAUCUUUAUUAACUAGUGGUUCCGGUUUGUAUUAAAGUUGGUCCUCAUCUAAUUGCACUUACCGGAAGUGAACGAUUUAGUUGGAUGAUGAAUAUAAAGUUUGCAAUCUAAGUUUUAGCUAUGGUUCAAUGUUUAUAAUUUUUACCAUAGAUGUUGAGAAACCCAAGUAUCGAAUGAAUUUUAUUCAAUACUUAUGGCAUUAAAUAGUUAAAUCAGUCACUACCUUAUCAUCUCUGUUAUUAAUUCUGAAAUGAAAGGUUGUAGUUCAUGACUUUCGAACUGUCAAUACUUUUUCAUGAGUACGUAGGAGUGGUCAAGAUCAACAGUAGAAAACGAUACCUGACCGAUUAAACCUUAAUGGUUAUGCUGGGUCAUGACUGAUAGUUGAAGUGACAGAUUUAUACGCAUUGAUUAUUAUGAAAUCAAGGGUGGUAUGCCUUGCCAAGUGAAGUUUAAAACUGUAAGUAUGUAGCAUGCAAAUCCUACUUAGUUUCCACUGGUUCUGCAUUUGCUUUAAGUUUGUUGAUGGGAACUGUACUUUCCGUAAUAACAAUUUAUUGGGUAAUUGACAUUAUCGUUAACGCAAAAAGUGUUUAAAAUACACUCAACUGUUAGAUAUCGUUUGGUUAUUAAUUACAUCUGUUAGUCUCUUAAAUAUUUAUACUAAUCAUUGGUUCACUAAGGUUUAUUAAAUGUCAUUAAGCUAAUGUCAUUAAUUAUAUUUUGCCUGUUAAUUUGAAUAUAAUUUUAACAUUUUCUUUCAACUUAUUCCUGAUUGCUUAUUACUAUUCCUUUUGUUGCCUAUUUCCCUGUUUUUAUUUACUUCUCAUGUAAUUUGAUUUGUGGGUUGUCUGUUAUUGUUUUUGUUCAUAUUUCCCUUUUUCCUUAACAUUAUGAAAUAUUGUUUUUCUACUUUAUUUACAAAAUCUGUAUUGGUUAAGCUUUUCAGUCUGACUUCAGGAAUGAAUUGAUAAAAUCAGAUUUCAAUCAACUGAAGUCUAUUUAUACAAAACUAUUGAAACAAUGUAAGAUAUGGUCUGAUAAACUUGUUAGAGAAUUGGAAACUCGUAAUCAUUUGCUUAUUCAAUUACAUAACACCUAUGGUAGUAUUACUUCUUUACUACAAGCAGAUUAUCAAAAGAAUGGAGAACGUAUAAGAAACUGAAGAUUUUAGAGAGCUGAAAUCACUAUUAUUGAGCCAUAAUGUUGUGAUUUUCAGCAUGAGUUUUCUAGAAGGAAAAUAUGUAAACUUUUCUCUUUUCAAUAUAUCCCAGCCUAACACAAAAGAAUAAUUUAGUUUUUCAAAUUUAUUGCUUGUGCAUUGUAUGUGUUUGAGAAUACAUUUUUCUCGAAUUAAACAUUUAAAUUCUUGUUCAAUAAUUAUCAUUUAAGACGAAUAGCAACUUAUGAUGACACUAAUUUAUGAACAACUUCAGUCCAGAAAAUAUAUUGUAUCGAAAUUUACUCAAUGUUAUCUGGUUAAAAGGAGUGAAUGACCUAUGUGUUCUCAGCGUCUUGUGAUAGUAGGUUGUUUAUUUUUGUAUGGACAAGUUACAUUUAUCUUCAAUAUUAUUCCAUCGUUUAUUUCUUAUCAUAUUAUCUACGAUUUUACAAUGACCAAUCAAUUAAUUAAAAUGAGUAGUAGCAAAUCAAUUUUUACCACUCUAUGAUUGGCUGUUUUUAUUCGACCAAUUAUAUGACAAUUUCACUGAAGGUUACUUUUACCUAAAACUCAACUCAGAUAAAAAAACAUUUAUAGACCUACUUCAAUAUACCUUCCAGUUACACCUUAGAAACAAGCUUAGUUGAUGAAGCACUGGUGUAUUUAGCGCGAUGUAGAUUUUUUUUUCUUCAAAGCUAGUCUUGGAAAUAUAUAAAUGGAGAUGUUGUCUGAAAUGAAACAAGAGAACAAUUCAAGGAUGUUAUCUCAUCCAAAUAAACGGAAUAGUCAACAGAAAAAAAUUUAUUCUAAAUAUUCGACUCGUUUAUUACAAAAUCCUAGCAACAAAGGUACUUAUGGCCGUAGAGGACCUGGAUUAUAUCGAUCAACAGUGAAUGAAUUAUCAUUAGAGCAAACUAGUUUGUCACUAAAUCUACUCCAUAAACGUUUAUUUAAAUUUAAACCGUCAUUAACUCCUGGACUUGGUACAAGAAGAGUUGUUUCUAUAAACCCAAGGCAAGAUCCAAAUCUUAAAUUCAGUAUGGAACCUCGUCUAGGUGAUGAAGCAUUCACUGAAUGGAUUAAUGCCGUACGUCGUAUGGCUCGUAUAGGAGACGGUUUACCAUCAGCUAUUCGUUCACGUGUAUGGUCAACUCUUGCAGAUAGACAAUUAGCUAAGCAACAUGUCGAUUGGGAUCACGAGAUUAAAAUGGCUUUCAAUGAACCAUCUAAUCAAGAUGAUGACAGAUUAGGUGAACAAAUUGUAAAAGAUCUACAUCGUACUGGAUGUGAACAGUUCGGAUCAGAUUCAGAUCGUGCAUCAUUGAAACGUGUUCUUCUUGCUUAUGCUCGAUGGAAUAAACGAGUGGGAUAUUGUCAAGGUUUUAAUGUAAUAGCUGCUGGUGUGCUAGAUGUUACUGGUAGAGAUGAAAAAAAAGCAUUCAAAAUCAUGGUCUAUUUAAUUGAUUAUGUUUUACCGGAAUCAUAUUUUGCACAAAAUUUACAAGCAUUAUCUGUAGAUAUUGCUGUUUUCCGACAACUUUUACAAAAUAGAAUACCCGAAUUAGCGAAUCAUUUAGAUAAUUUACAAUUCAAAGCUGCCUUGGAAACAGAUUGUCAGCUGACUGGAAGACAAUUAUCUACAUAUAAACAAGAUAUUUUAUCGGGAAAAAAUCAUGGCGCUUAUGAACCUCCACUAAUGAAUGUUUAUAUCAUUCAAUGGUUUCUUACUUUAUUUGCUACUUGUUUGGCAUCUGACGCAGUUCUACGUGUAUGGGAUAGCAUAUUACUAGAAGGUUCUGAGGUGAUCUUACGAACAGCUAUAGUCAUUAUGGAUUUCUUGAAAAGUCGUUUGUUAAAGUUAAAAUCAGCUGAUCAAUUUUACGCUACAAUGAGUAAUUUAAUGUCAGAAUUUUCAGAAGGUCGAAUAGUAAGCAGUCAAGAAUUAAUAUUUGAAAUCUAUGAACUAGCACCAUUUCCUUAUCCUGGAUUGAAAGAACUACGUGAAAAGUUUAUGUAUAAUAUAGCUCCAUUAGUUUUAACGAAACAUUUAACUAUGAAUUCAUUUAAUAAUAAUACCAUUGAUGAUCAAAGUCUUUCAAAUAAUGAUGGAAAGAAAAUGGGCAAAUUUAAUUUAUUCAAAUAUUUCCCUUCAAAUUUUAAAAAAUCGAAAUCUUUACAGUCGGAUAAUGAUUAUAGAGGUUUACCAAAAUAUUUGAAUAAAACUACUAGAUCUUCCAAAACCACCAAAGAUGAAUAUAUUAAAGAAAUACGACAUUGUGAUAUAAAAAGCAGUCACUGUGUACAAAACACGGAUAAGAGACGUUUGUCAACUACGGAAUUAAAUGAAGAAGAAUGCAUGGGAGAUAAUUAUCAAGAAAUUAGUUUGACUAUGGAUAUAGAUUCUGAAAUAGGGACGUUUUCUCGUAAACAAGCUCAAAAUGGCCAGACUAGUAAUACUCAUUUUAAAGAAGCACACAAUAAAUCAAUAAACCGAUUCUCCAGUGAUCAAGUUAGGGGAACUGUCAAAUGUUUUUCAGCAUUUUGGCCUGACAAACCAAAUAAUAUUGACUCAAGAUUUUCUAAUCAAUUAUAUGUUAGUGAAAGUAGUUCAGUGAAGUCAUUACAAUGUUCUGUUAACGAUACUCUUCCUGGAAAUGUAUUUCGUCUGAGGAAUAUAGAAAGUAGUCCACUGAAAGACGGCAGAGUAAAAGCGAAUUCAGAUAUUAGUCAAAUUGGUCCAGGAGCAGUUAGUGAUGCCCCAGAUUUGAUCCCUAUGCAUAAAACAUCCUCAGCUGAUCAGGCUCGUAUGACAAGAAAUCUUGACCAAUUAAAAUCUCAAUAUAAAAAACAACAAACACGUCAACUUUCAACUAUUAUUGUUCUACCGACAAAUAUUUUAAAAUCAGUCUGUUAUCAAACAAAUAUGAUUGCUAUACUCCCACAAAGAAAAUAUACACCAAAUAAAUCAUCGUCAUUUAGACUAUCGAAUACAAAUAGUCAUUAUCCAGUCAAGUCAAUAAGUUUUGAUUCCUAUGAUACAUUAGGAAAUUGCUCUGAGAAUAAUCUCAGUGAAAUUGAUGACAAGAAUAAUUGCAAUAAUUCUUCUUUAGAUAUUCUGAAUAAAAAAAUUAAUGACACGCUAAAUGAUAGUCUUUCAAUGUGUAUAAAUCAGAAUAUAAUUGGUGCUGUAAAAUCUUGGCAAGAAAACGCUGAUUGGUCUGUUACUGUUGAUGAAAAUGAUGAUCCUAAUAAGAAAUUCUUUCUUGAUGAAUUGAGUGGUAAAGAAUUAUCAAUUAAACAUUCUAACAAUACAAAACUUAAAUUAUGUGAAUUAGCAAGGUUUAAUAGUUUAGAAACCUGUUUACCAAUGAAAUAUUCGUACUCAGAUGGAACAUUGAAUGGUCAUACUACAUCGAACAAUCAUACUGAUCAUAUCGAUUAUGAUGUAAACUCUACAAAUUCUUUAAUAUAUAAUAAAAAUAUUUAUGAUACCAAUAUAAUUUAUUCGAAAAAAACUAUAAAUGAAUUAAUUUUAAUGAAUAUGAUUAAAGAAUAUAAUCGAUUAAAGGAGGCCAACAAUAUGUAUAAUUUAAAAGAAUCAAGAAUUACACCUACACAAUCAUCAGUUGUAGUGUCUCAUGAAGCAAUUUCUCUGAAUGACACAGAUACUUCAUCUUGUUAUACGUCAGUUUCAAGAAAUGUACCAAAAAAGUUACCUUGGCAAGAAGCAGCAUAUUCCUUUGCUCUUAAUUGUCGUUUAAACAAAUUAAUCACUUCAAAACAGACAUGUGAAUUAUUUCCUGUAAAAACAUCGCUUACUCAAUCUCGAAGAGAGUUUGGAGCUAAAUUUGGUAUUUAUUAGGAUACAAAUUUCAAGAACUGAUCGAAUUUCUCAGGUUUUCAUUAUUAUUGCUUAGAAUUUCGUGCUUAUUUCUGGUAACUCGGUGGUUAUAACUUCAUAACAUUCGUUAUAUAGCAUAACUGUGUUUUGUAAUUACCUCUUCAUGAUCUUAUGCUAAUAAUGUUUUCAGAACUUAAUCAUAUUCGUCCAUUUUUGGAGGAUUGGUGAUAAAUAUUUUAGAACAACAUAUAUAAUAUGGAAAGUUUUCAGAUAAAUAUAUAUUAUUUUCCUAAUAUUAUGCUUCCGUAAUAACAUUUGUGUACUAUAAUGAUGUCUACAGAAAAUAAUCUAGUCUAUCAUUAUUUUUAUUCGUUUUGUUUUCAAUAGCUUAUUUUGUGAUUGUUAAACUUAUUAUAUAUCACUGAUCAGAACAAUAAAAGUUCAUGAUUUGUUCCCAUGUUCAAUAUUGUCUACUUUAUACUAUCAUUGAUUGAUACAGAAAAGAUAUUUUGACCAAAAUUACCUUACAUAGUGCUUUUCCGUUUGUUAUUUUUAUGUAAUUGAACUUAAUUUUGGUUGAAAUCGAGAUUUCUGAUAGAGAGGAUAACAUCAUAAAUUGUGAUGAGGUGCCUACUUGUAUUUAGGCAAAACUUUCGUCAAAUGAAAUUAAGUCUAAGACAGAGUUUUUUUUGUUAAUAUACAUCUUUUUUCUUUCCAUGCUCGAUUUGUCAGGAAAAUGCAGGCUUGUUCAGAAUUUCUAACAUGGGUUAUUUUGAGCUGUAUGCAGUGAUAAGAUCGCUAAGAUUUUAUUAUGAUCUUCAGGUUUCUGUGUCACUAAAAUAAUCUUGUUCUCAUAAAUAAAACUGUAAAUUGAUUAUGGUGUAUGGUCAUCCAUGAAAUAUAUUUAUAGUCGGUUCCAUGAAAAUUAUUGUAUAAAAGGGCAAGAUUAGCUCAAGUUUCUGAUUUGCUUGGCAAUCGAUGUAAAAUUUGUCGGCAUGCCAUUGUCCUUCAAAUACAAUAUUCAGACAAUAAUGGAAAUGUUUUUCUUAGGAUGGAGUCAAGGUUAUUUCACAUGUGAGAAUUGAGACAAGCAUGUCAAAUUAUUUAAAUUGUUGCGGAUUCAGUUUAUUCAUUUUGUCUAAUACAAUAUUUGUAACUGAAAAUUGUUCAUCAUAAUUAAAAAAUGUGUGAACGAAGUAUUAUUAUUAGGCUCUAAAGUUGUUCAUCCCAAUUAGUGACUCGAAAAAAUGAAUACUUUUUUAUCUAAUCAUAUUUUAUUAUUAUCAAUAUCAACUAAGUUCAUCAGUUAACAUAAGGAUACAUCAAAUUUGUGUUUAAAACAAAUCGAUCUUGUCUUCAAACUGUGAUUUAUCAACUACAUAUUCACGAGCAUCAACUACGUAAUAUCUCGUUAAAGUAACAUUUGAAGUAGUAUAAAUCUGUUGUUUAAUAAAACUUACCGAAUAAAUGGUUCAGACUGGACUCAAAGGAAUAACUAUUUGUUGUAAUGACCUUUUUAUAAGCUUAGACAAUAGAGUUUAGCGGAGGCCCGUAGAUCUGACUCCAUUUUAGAUUGUAUGGAAGAUGGCUGGGAAGCCAACUCCAUUUCAAGCCGGGCAUUACUCUAUUUAUAGGCAGACAAAAUAAACUACAGACAUGUGGUGAGUCAUGAGACAUGAAGUGUACACACAUAUACGCUCAUGAGAAAACAGUCAAGGCUAAUAAGCGAAUAAUUAACAAGGUCAAAACAUGACUCAAGUAGAAUGAAUAGAAUGGAAUGUCCGGAAACUAGAAUAAGAUAUAUUAUGGGCUAAAACUAAUGACUAACACUACAAGAGUAUUUAGUUUUGUAAGAAUAGGUCUACGCACGUUUCUGUUGAAAAGUUUAAAUGUGUAUUUUAUUCAGAAUAGUUCAUAAGAUGACUUUUUCUCAAUCCAAUUUUAAAAUUCCUUAGUUGCUUAUUCAUAAGCAUUAUCAUGUGUUAUAGCCUAAGAUUUUGUUUGUUAUUUGGCAGAAAUAAAAAAUGAUUUACACAAAAAUUAAUAUGGUCGUACAAUAUUUUAGGUUAUUACAUAAUCUUAUAAAUCACUGUUUAGUAUUUCUGUCAUGCUAUCACUUUUGCUGGAAGUACAUCUAAUUGCAUCCAGCUAUUUCCAGUUUGUUUGUUACGUAACACAUCAAACCAGAAUCAAUCAAAGGUCAGUUUUUAUUUAUGAUAGUCUCACUAUCUUUCAGUUGUUAAUAGUUGAAUGGAUUAAGUUAGUUCUCACAAUUCAUUUUAUUCGACUUGAUUCAAUAUAAGAAGAGGGAAUGUAUUCAUCGUUUUUAUUCCAGUGUGAAUGUGAAUUCAAAACCAGACUUUAUAAUUAAAGAAAGUAUUUAUGCUUGGAUCGACAGGUUUAUGAUUAACCCAUACGGAUAAAAAGAAAUGUAUAUAUAGUUGGAAAAUCAGUUUGAUUACGUCUACUUUGUAUACGUACACAAUUGUCAACCUUCGGAUGGAAAAACGUUGUUCCCGUCUCGUCUGACUCAUUGUUCAGGAAUAUGACCUUCAGUGUCAUCAGUUUUCGGACUUCGCAAUUCGUAUAAUAACUCAAAUACUUCAAAUCAUCAUAUUGACGUCGAAUGGAGCCUGUGAUAG